UUAUAUAUUCAUUGGCAACUUUGGGAGUAUUUAGCCAAAUGUUUUUGCCAAAAAUGGUUGGGGAAAAUAAGGGUGGUCUCAUAAUGGGCUGCGUGUUAUUCGUGGCUAUAUGGUUCGCCUUUUUUGGAAUACCUGUCAAUGCAUUGGUCGACAGUGGAGUGAUAAAAAUUCUUGGGGAUAAGAAAGAGCUUUAUGGUAAAUUUCAUUGGUUUUAG